AUGAAAAUAAGCCAUCGCACCUUGCGCGGGGUCCGCCAGUGCACCAGCUGUGGAGCCAUCAAUGGCAAUCGCGCCCAGCUGUGCAGCAACGCCGCCUGUCCGCAGAACAAGAAUGUGCUCGAUGCGGUUUCUCUGAUCUCCCUCCGCGCCGGGUCAACGGUCUGUUCGUUGCGGGAACAGUCUGCCGUGGCCAAAGUGCGAGAGACGCCCAGGAAUUUCGUGGUCAUCCAGGACGUGACUCUGUCCCUACAGCCGAAUGCGGCUGUGGUGUCCAGCAAGGCCAUCUGCUAUGUGGAGGCCUGCAGGAGCGCCGGCGACAUCGAUUGCCAGCAUGUGAAGGCCUGCCGGGAGCUCGGAUCGGCUAUGCCCAGGGCUCAGGUGUACAAGGUGUCGCGGGAGGUCCUUUGGAAUCUUAACAUCGGGCAGGAGCAGAAGCAACAGCUCUGGCAGCAGUACAAGUGGGCCGAGGACCAGGAACAGCUGCCGGCAGUGCAGCGUCUGAAUGCCACAACCUUCGCGGUAAAGUGCGAGCGCUCGGAUUUGUUUCCGACUGCCAGGCUCCAUGUGACGGCCCUGGCCAAUGGCGUGUCCCCUAAGAAGGGCACCUAUGCCUGUGCCUGCCGCAAGCUGAAGAUAAUCGUGGAGCCAGACAACUCGCUGGUCAUGCAGGACGAGAUCUGCGAUCACUUGCUGCUGGUUCUCGCCGGCAUACUCAGCUCACCACAGGGCAAACGGGUCUAUGGCAACUUCACCAGCAGCCUAAAGACAUUUUGGAUGCCAUCCAGGCUGGAGACGCCGUUGGGCGAGGGCACACAGGAGGAUUUACGUCUCGGCCUGAGCAUGGUCGAUGAAUUCGACCCACAGGUGGAUAUACUUGUCUUUGGCGAUCAUCUUGAUCUGCCAUUGCCAGACCUGUCCGAUGGCGCCUUCAACUUGGACAGCAUGCAGGCGGCCCCGACCAGCCACAGCACCAGCAACAGUAGCAGUGCCCUGAUCCACUAUGCCAACGAUUCGCAGCUCCUGUCCAACUGCGAUGUGCUCGCCGAGCCCGAGGAGCAGCAUAUCGAGCUGACGGACUGCAAUAUCGAGCUGAUGGAUCAGUACCAGCCCACGGAUCAGAUCGAUCUGGACAUCGAGCUGCCCAUGAUCAGUGAGCCCUACAACAUUCUCACCGCCCCGCCCAUUUAUUCGGACACGCCAGCCGUGGUCACCGAACAACUGCCACCGAUUGAGCUGUCCACGAUAGCGGUGGUCAAGAAGAGCCCCGUCAAGGCAACGGAAAUCGUCGGCGAGGUGAAAACCCGCAAGCAGCCUCCUCUUCCGGCCAAGCGCGAUUUGAUUGUGAACACGCCGUCAUCACCGGCCAACAACAGUCUAUGUGUGGAUGCGGAUGUGCAGCCUACACUGGCCUACUCCGCUUGGCUGGACCAUGUGAUAGAGCUACUCAAUGAUUGCCUCGAGCCAGAAUGCACACCCGAGCCAGGGCUCUCGACCCGCUCCGUCCACCAGAGCUUUCAUGUGCACAAGGAGACUUUUUCGCAUUUUUGCAAAAGCUUCAGUGCUGGCAUAAAGAGGCGUCCCCUCCACGAGGUCUCUCUGAUUGAGUCGGGAAAAUACAAGGGCCUGACCGAAUACGUUUGGAACUUCACGGCUAGCCAAACGGUUAAGCGCAUCUUUAGCACCUCCAAUAUUCAACUGCAGUUGUCGCGCUCCUUUGAGCGUCAUGCCGAUGGUCACUUCUUGGCAUAUGUGCGGCCUCCCAGCGAGCAACAGGCCCAGGCACAGUCCAAAAAGCGUCAAAUUUAUACCAGACUGAAUCUGUGGAUGGCCAAGAUUCUGUUGGAAACCGGUAUUCGGUUGUCCUGGACCCCGGAUGUGCUGCCCCGAAGCCACUUCGGUCUCAUGACUGUGGACUUCACGGUGGAAACACGUUCGCCCAGCUAAUGUUAGUUGCAAUCUGAUGUUCUUUAUUUUUACGCUUUAUCAUUAUCUGUAUCUUUUAUCAUUAGUUUUAUAAUCUUCCUCUGCAUCAAUUUCAACUUUUUCAUUGGCUUACGAUUAGCUUAAGUGUACAUACAUAUAUUCAUACAUAUAUAUCAUUAGUUUUGUAUAUCGCAAGACAUACAUAUGUAUAAACCGACAAUGUCUCGAUACGAUUUCCGUUUAUCCUUCUUGAUGCGCCACUACAAGCUUUGGGAAAGGUCCCUUCUUCUAUGGCUCUUACUGUGGGGGGACAUGGGCAUGGGCAUUCCUUAAAAUCUACGGUCUGCCUUUGGAUAAGGGGUAGUAUUCAUCAUCUAUAUGCUUAGCUCUAAAAUCGUGGGCAUGCUUACUUAAGUUCUCGCUACAUUCAGCUCUUUCUUACGAAUCUUUUGGAUUUUUGUAUAAGUUUUGUUGUAUUUUUUUGUUGUUUAUUUUGUGGUUUUUGUAUUUAAUUUAUUUACGCUUAACUUUGACAUUCAUCACAUUUAUAAAUUGCAUAACACCGUCAAUUAGAUAUUCUGUUGUGGUUU